AUGGUGGAUAUGAGGUCUAAUGCUCUAGGCGGGCAGAGUUAUCGUCUUGGACCCGGGUCAAGACCUGCGAUUCUGGGACUGGCAAAGGUCCUGUUCCUGGGACUCUGCCAUGUCUCCUCCGUGGCUGCUGCGCCGGUGAAAGGAUUGUUUGGUAUUCUCGAAAAGGAACAACCAAAGGAUGCUGGAGAGCCGGGACUAUGGGUAUAUCUGGGUAUCGCAGCGGUUCUGGUAUUGCUGGGAGGUGCUUUCGCGGGAUUAACAAUUGCCUACAUGGGACAGGAUGGCAUCCAUCUCCAAGUCAUCGCGACCUCGAGCGACGGCAAGGAACAAAAGAAUGCGCAGAAGGUACUCGAUUUGAUGAAGAAAGGCAAACAUUGGGUCCUGGUUACAUUACUCUUGUCAAAUGUCAUUGUCAAUGAGACGUUGCCCAUUGUGCUCGAUCGGUCUCUUGGUGGAGGUUGGCCAGCUGUUGCCGGCAGUACUGUGUUAAUUGUCAUUUUCGGUGAGGUCAUUCCUCAAGCUGUGUGCGCACGCUACGGUUCAGCAAUCGGUGCUUUUAUGUCCCCAUACGUUACGGCUCUCAUGUGGAUUUUGGGUCCUAUCGCGUGGCCAACUGCUCGACUUCUUGAUUACGCUCUGGGCGAGGAUCAUGGCUCGGUAUAUAAGAAGUCUGGAUUGAAGACUCUCGUUACUCUGCACAAAACACUUGGGCCUGAUCCGACUUCGCGUCUCAAUCAAGAUGAGGUCACAAUUAUUAGUGCAGUGCUUGAUCUCAAGGAGAAAUCUGUCGGAGAUAUCAUGACACCAAUGGAAGAUGUCUUCACCAUGUCUGCAGAUACUGUUCUGGACGAGGCGACCAUGGAUGUGAUCCUCAGCGCGGGUUAUUCUCGAAUUCCCAUCUACGAACCUGGAAACGAAAACAACUUUGUUGGUAUGCUUCUUGUCAAAAUUCUUAUCACCUAUGAUCCUGAAGAUUGCAAGAAAGUCCGUGAGUUUGCUCUGGCUACGUUGCCAGAAACACGGCCGGAGACUAGUUGUCUGGAUAUUGUCAAUUUCUUCCAGGAAGGCAAGUCGCACAUGGUUUUGGUAUCGGAAGAUCCCGGAGAGAACUUUGGUGCCAUUGGUGUUGUUACACUUGAAGACGUUAUCGAGGAACUGAUCGGAGAGGAAAUUGUUGACGAGUCCGACGUCUACAUUGACGUACACAAGGCCAUCCGACGUAUCCACCCUGCUCCAAAGGCACGCAUCCCGAAGGGUCAUGUAAUUGAAAGCUCAGCAACGUCCGCCCCCAACGUCGCGGAAGACCACCUGAUUGAUCUUGCCGAAGAACAUGGACCCGAGCUACACAGACAUCUGUCCUUAACCGGCGUGGAACGAAGCCACAGCCCAGCAAAUAAGUUUGGCACUAGUCCUAAGGCUACAUUCAUGCGACGAAACUCUUCCGGUGCAGAUGGCAAGAACGUUAUGGUUCGUGGUAACAUGGCUGACAUGAGGGAACACCUCAAGCAUCUCGGCCCGUCGAAUCUUGCCAGUCGACCAAAGACAACCCGAUACAACACAGUCAAAAUUAAAUCGGCAGGCAUCAACGGUAGAUCUGAAUCCCGUUCAGAGUCAGUGCCUCAUAACGAUGGAGCACAUGAAACUCAUAUCGAAGAACCUUACCGUGACGAUCCUUUCUUCCCGGAUACUUCAGCACCUCAAGGUGGCGAGGGCGAAGGCCUACUGAAGUCCGCUGGAAAGGACGCCAAAGAUGGCGUUCAAGCUUUACAGCAGGGCUAUGGCUCAUUCACCGAGCGACCAAAGUCUUCUAGCCCAACCAUGAAAAAAACUGCCCGUUUCAAUCAAGAAGAUGGCGAAUCACGGUCACCCCCAUCGGAAGAGCCACUGACCAGACACAGUACCAGCCAAAGUGAUGGCAGCGGUAGUACAGAUACCGUAGGCGAGUUAACCGAAAACAAUGGGAAAAAACCCCGUAAGAAGAGAGGUGCAGCCAGGAGUGGCAGUAUCACCGAGAACAUCAUCGAUUCCGGUGGUUUUCGAAAAGUGAUUCUGGAGACUAAUAGUAGUUCGAAUGAAGGAGAUGAUGCUAGUGUGAAGAAAGUCUUGGUCGAGGGUACAGCCAACGGGUCAAAGGACAAUCUGCUGGAUGAAACUCAGGCGGAGCGGGACCAGAAAUCGGAAGAGGUCAAGAAAAAGAGGAGACGGAAUAGGCAUAAGAAGAAGACACCGAAGAGUGGUGAUGAGGGUGGAUCUGGGGCUGCGGGGUCUUCUUCUGCUGUAUAG